AUGUCAGAUCCUAAGUUAACCAAGGCGGUUGAUUCUAUAUGCGAUCAGUUCAUUGUUACUAAAUCGAAGAUAUCUCAGUUGACUGAGUAUUUCAUCGAUUGUAUGGAAAAGGGAUUAGAACCCUGUGAAUCAGAUAUCAGUCAAAACAAAGGGUUGCCUAUGAUUCCGACGUUUGUGACUGACAAGCCAUCCGGUCAGGAACAUGGAGUAACCAUGUUGGCAGCUGAUUUAGGUGGUACUAAUUUCAGAGUUUGCUCUGUGGAACUAUUAGGUAAUCAUGAAUUCAAGAUUGAACAAGAGAAGUCAAAGAUUCCAACUUUCUUCUUCCAGGACGAUCAUCAUGUUACCAGUAAGGAUUUGUUCCAACAUAUGGCCCUGAUCACGCAUCAGUUUUUGACUAAACAUCAUAAGGAUGUAAUUCAAGAUUACAAAUGGAAAAUGGGUUUCACUUUUUCAUAUCCAGUCGAUCAAACCUCCUUGAGCAGUGGUAAGUUGAUUAGAUGGACCAAGGGUUUCAAGAUCGGUGAUACUGUUGGGCAAGACGUUGUUCAACUGUUCCAACAAGAAUUGAACGAUAUUGGGUUAUCAAAUGUUCAUGUGGUUGCAUUGACUAAUGACACUACUGGAACCCUAUUGGCUCGUUGUUACGCUUCCAGUGAUGCGGCAAGAGCCAUCAACGAACCAGUAAUUGGCUGUAUCUUUGGUACUGGUACGAACGGCUGCUACAUGGAAAAGCUUGAAAAUAUUCACAAAUUGGAUCCAGCUAGCAGAGAAGAACUUCUGUCUCAGGGGAAGACCCAUAUGUGCAUCAAUACCGAAUGGGGCUCUUUUGAUAAUGAACUAAAUCAUUUGCCUACUACAAGUUAUGAUAUUAAGAUUGAUCAGCAGUUCUCCACCAAUCCCGGGUUCCACUUGUUUGAAAAAAGGGUCAGUGGUCUUUAUUUGGGUGAAAUACUUCGUAACAUACUACUAGACCUUGAAAAACAAGAGUUAUUCGACUUGAAGGAAUCUGUUUUAAAGAACAAUCCCUUUAUUUUAACCACAGAAACUUUAUCACAUAUCGAAAUUGAUACCGUUGAGAACGACUUACAGGACACAAGGGAUGCUCUUUUAAAGGCUGCUGACUUGGAGACCACCUUCGAAGAACGUGUCUUGAUCCAAAAAUUGGUAAGAGCUAUUUCCAGGAGAGCUGCAUUCUUAGCCGCAGUGCCAAUUGCUGCAAUUUUGAUCAAAACCAACGCUUUGAACCAGAGUUAUCACUGCCAAGUAGAGGUUGGUUGUGACGGUAGUGUCGUUGAGCACUAUCCAGGAUUCAGAUCUAUGAUGAGACAUGCAUUAGCACUUUCUCCAAUUGGCCCCGAGGGUGAACGUGAUGUCCAUCUACGUAUCUCCAAGGAUGGUUCCGGUGUUGGCGCUGCUUUGUGUGCUUUGCAUGCAAAUUAUUAA